CUUCAUCUCUCUCAGUUAGCUAUAGACUACAGGACGCUUCAUAGUCGCUGGACACGCAAGUGCUCCACUCUAGACGCGUAUCUCUGCAGUAUUUACCUUGAUUCUGUCUCUCAAGUAUGUCUGCCUAGCAAAGUCAGAUCAAUGCUGCCCUGCAUAGAUCAGCGAGGCAAUCCUGUCAGAGGGAAACAACGCGACCAUGCCGAGCCGAGGAAGUCAGUCCGUCAUCUUCAACGGGACUCCUCGUCACCCGCUAGGGCACAAGCGAAUUGGAUCUCCAUGGUCAUCUUUCAGCAUGGCGCCAAGAACUUGCAAGUCGCCCAAUCGAGGCACAACAAGCGUUUGGCACAGGCAGAGGCUGAGCAUCAAGAGACUGACGACGAGAAUGACUUGCAGACACGUCAAGGACCACGCACCUUACGACACAUUGCGCCAGGCCGUGAGGAAGACGAGGACAUACAGGCACGUCAAGGACCGCGGACUACACGGAACAUCGCGUCACGCCAUGACAAAGACGGUGACAGCGAUGCAGAAGCUCCACGACCACGUCGUACGGGCAAACGCGACCGGCCGAUGACAGCGAAAGCUCAGCUUCUCCAGGCUGCAGCGAAUAAUAGGAAACUCCGCGCCUUCACCGCCAGCGAGGUGGAACCAGCGCGGGACCGUAGCAAGCGUGCAAGGCACCUUUCACGACAGUUGUAA